GCAGCCUUUACAUGGCGCUCGCUGCCAUUGGGAACCGGAACACGCCACCAGUUUUCUCCAGUUUCAUUUUGCUUCAUCGGCUCCUGUCUUCUUUUCCUUCUCCCCUGACUCCGCUCGGCGAGAAGAAGCGGCGGCCAUGGAUGGAGGACAGGUGACCAAGAAGGAGCUCGGGGGCGUGCUCAUGCAGGCCAUGCUCGCCGCGAAGAACCUCCGGCCCCAGCGCGACCGCCUCGUGCAGCUCCGGCGCCGGCUGCAGCAGCAGCGGAGCGCCGGCGGCGACGACGACGCAGAGUGGAUCAAGGAGCUCGCCUCCAACCUCUUCAAGGUCUACUUCAUCGGCAUCGAGGCCGGCGCUCGUAUGCUCAUCUCCUGCCUCGAGCUGGCAGCCAAGGGCGGCGCCCGCCGCGCCUUCAAUCCCGCCCUCAUCUUCAUCCGCAACGAGCAGCUCUACGACGUGCUGAUCGCGCUGGGCUUCCCCGCGCGCCCGACCACCCAGACGGAGGCCUUGGCCCUCGUCAAUCUUACCUUCAACGCCGUCAAGCUGGCCCAGGAGCACCACAUCCCCCGCUGCAUCGAGCUCCUCAUCGGCGAGCGGCCGCCCAACGUCACCGGCGAGGCCACGCAGUUCAGCGGCAUGGUCGGCUACUCAGACGACCCGGUCGCCGCAGCCUUCCAGCAAUUCGCCAAGAACGGCCUCCCCAGCCCGCUCCCGGCAGCCCCGGCCCGGCGCUCCGUCGCCGCUGCUGGUAAGGCCCCUCGCGCAAAAGGCAUCAUCGACCUGGACCAGGCGCUCACCUACCUCCACCGCGGGUGCUCCCUCGCGAGCCUCGCCGUCAAGCACAUCGACCUCGCCGUCGCCGUCCUCUCCAGCUUCCUCGACCCCGAGAAGGUCGCCAGCCUCUCCGAUUUCACCGACAAACGCGCAUACAUAUCUGAGGACGGACCCUAUCCAUCAGAUUAGUGAUUGACUACU